AUGAAGGUAGUUGACUUCUUUCUGUAUUUAGUGACCGUCUCGUCCGCCGUCGUUGUCGCAGACGAGCAAGCCCUGCUAUCGCCAGGGCACGGUAAGAAUAAUGACGACCGAUUGAACGCUAUCGAUGAGAGGCUACUUCUGAGUGACGAGGCCACUCAGGCCGACGGAAUGUACUCCUUCCGCGAAACCAUGUUUAUUCCCACAUGGCUCGACAUUCUUGAGUCUAGUUAUUACGGCGGCGGCAGAAAUAUGGUGUUCUUUGAUGAGAAUUCCGUAUUCGAGGAUUUCGACGAAGAGGACGACUUCGAUGAUGCGGCAACAGCAGGCAACCGACGACUGAACCACUUUAAUAGUGGAUCGUCUAACAUGACAAUCUAUGAGCUGAUCAAGACAAGCCAAUUCACCACGAAGCUAGCGGCGCUUAUCGACGCCGACGAAAACAAGGAACUCGCCCGCAUCCUUAAUGACAGCACGGUUAAUCACACUGUCUUUGUUCCAACCGACUGCGCAUUCGACAAAAUCUCGAAUUAUCCCCUUCAGCUAUCACCGGGAGCAAUUCGCAAAAUCCUCUACUAUCAUAUCUCUCCCGGGACCACCCAAGUAUCCCAAGACAGUUUUACCGUGCCCACGCUAUACAAGGAACCAGCUCUUGGCGGUGAUCUGCCCCAGCGGUUGUCGAUCCGUGCAAAUGACUGGGAACCAACUACAGUCAACUUUUAUGCUCGGCUCGUCGCUAACAAUAUCCGUGCAUCCAAUGGGAUCAUUCAGGUCGUUGACUCCAUUCUCAUGCCUCCGCCAUCAACUCUUUCUGUCCUCAACCUGCUCCCAACAAAAUUCUCGGCCCUCUCCCUCGGCCUUACCCGGACCAACUUAUCCUCGACCAUAGAGGCUAUGGCAAGUGCUUGCCGGGGUGGCACGUUCUUCGCCCCGUCAAACGCGGCGUUUGAUAUGCUGGGUCCUCGCAUUAGCGCUUUCCUUUUUUCUGCCCAAGGAGAGAAAUACCUUCGCGCUCUGCUCGAAUACCACGUUGUACGCAAUCAGACCCUUUACUCGGAUGUCUGGUAUAACGAGGCCGGUAAGAUCGAACGCUUACGCAACCCAUUGCCGCCGUCGUCGCUGUCGUCGCCAUCGCCGCCAUCGGACGCUUUCCUUUUAGCUCAGCUAACAAAGAACGCCAAUCUACCCCAGCUAUCUACACUCAUCGAACUUCCUACAAUGCUCGGCAAUCGCACUAUUGCAGUCGAUAUCAAGCAGCGAGGUCCAUUCUCCAAGUUCAUGGUCAAUGGAUACCAACACAUCGUGGUGGCCACAGAUGGUGUCGCUAGAGAUGGAAGCAUAAUUGUUCUCGAUAACGUGCUAAUUCCCUCAAAGAAGGGUGCUCGCCACGCAAGCAGUCGUCGACGCUAUUUCUACGAUGGCGAUAUGUGCGACACGCUUGAGGAGUUCAAGGCCCGAUUUGCAGGCUUGGUCACGGAUGACGGUAACGGCGACGAUUUCGAGUCUGACCUAUUCGCGUUCCUGGAUAGUCCAAGCUCGUAG